AUGCUGAGCCCCGCAGCGGCGCCCCUGGCCCCGCGCUCAGCAGCGCCGCCGCCCGCCCAGGGCAGAGCCCGGGGCCACCACCCUCCUCCUCCUCAUGGCCGCCCAGGCGAGGUGCGGUGCGGCGGGACAGCGGCCCCCGGGAGCGGCGGGGGCUGCGCUGGGUUCGGCUCCGCACCGCCGCCUCGCCGGGUCGGUGGCCGCGCGUCAGCCGCCGCCUCUCCUCCUCCGGCGCACCGCCCAAUGGCUGCGGCGGCGCGGGCAGCGCCCGGCUCCCGCGAUACUUGGGGCCCGGGCCGGCGGAGCGACGCGGUUUUAGGCAUAUCACAGGAACCAGGUCAAGAAAUGAACAAGGCUGAAUUUGUGAGGCUGUGGCAUUAAAACCCUCCACUUCCCUAGGCCUUUAAGGAAGUUUGCUGAAAUUUCAGCUGUCAGGAGCCACAGAGAAGGGUACUUAGUCCUCAGCAAGCAAAUCAGGACAGCCUGCUCCAGAGCCCUCGCUGGAGGAGCCUCUCAGAUGACUUACAGGGAUCUUUGGCAGCUGUUCUGUGAGGGUGAGGCUAACUUUAACCUUUAGAAUAUCCAUGAGGGGGAAAUAUCACAGGGGUCAAACAGGAUAG